AUUAAAAACAUUAUAAUAACUGUUAUAUAAUAAUUAUUUGGCGAAUCAGUUAAUUUUAAAAAUAUUUCCAAAUUCCAUAUUAUAUUUCAUAAUAUCCAAGGCUUAACGAAAUGUGGAUAUUUUGGAUAUUUUUAUCGUGGAAUUUGAAAUGCUUUUUAUCAAUACUUCCUCCCAUUACUAUACCAAAGCAAUUAAUCCCGCCUUGUGAAAGCGAAAUAUUUUGUUACGGGAGAAUUUUACACACCAUGCAAACAUCCCAAAUAUUCCAAAAUGACAAAGAAUUUUUGCACAUGAGACUUAAACGUAGUCCAAGCAAGAUUAAAUCAAGUUUUGAACUAUUAUCGCAAAACUUGACAACUUUUGACAAAAGACUUAAACAGUUUCUAAAUGAGAAUUUUGAAAAAAUACCCACUAAAUCGAUACAAAAUCCUAUCACUCAGACAUUUUUGAACAUAACGGAAGAUAUGGAGCUCUGGAAACCUGAUGAUUGGGUUUCAAGACCUGAUUUCUUGAAGAAAAUAAAAGACGAAAGAUUGAGACAAUUAGCUAAUCGCUUACAUUUCCAGUGGUUGGACCUGAGUCGCAAAAUAAAUCGAAAUGUAAAGCGUAACAAAGAUAGGUAUACUAUCAUGUAUAUGCGAGAUGGAUUUAUACUACCAAGUUUUUUAGCUGCUGAAAUGAGAUAUUUUGAUAAUUAUUUCAUAGUCCGCGCUAUGCUAUUGGCUGGUAUGAAUGAAACAGCUAAAGGGAUUAUUAGAAAUAUGGUGGAUCUUAUUGAAGAAAACAAUUUUAACAUGACACCAUAUGGUAAUAGGAUUUAUUUCAAGGGUUACAGCUCAAUUCCAUUGUUAAUAUUAACAGUAUAUGAAUAUUGGAAAAUCAGCAACGAUACUCAUUUUGUAAUAUCGAUACUAAAACAAUUGGAGAUAGAUAACAAUUAUUGGAUAAAUAAACAAUCAUACAUUAAUAGGGCUGGACGCAUAUACCCAUUUAGUACUUACCAGGUUUCCCCAAACUCUCCUAGACCCUUUGAAUAUAACAAAGAUAUACGAUUGGCCAAAACAGUUUUUGAAGAGUCUGUUAAAAAACUUUACACCAACAUUGGUUCCAUGACAGAAUCCAUAUGGGAAGAAUCUAGCAGAUGGAAUGCGGAAAAGAAUGAUGAUGAUCCAUUUAGAUCUGUAAGGAUCAUCGAAAUGAUUCCCGUAGAUUUAAACGCUAUAUUAUGUUUAAACGAAAGAUUACUCUCGUUUUUCUAUAAUUUAGCAGAAAGUACAAUGCAAUCUACUCUUCACGAAAGACGUUGUCGAGAUAAAAUUAGCGCAUUAAAAUUACUCUGGGAUGAUGAAAAUGGAGUGUGGUUCGAUAUGGAAAGCCAGAAUGAAAAAUUGAUAAAUAUUUGGUACGCUUCCAGUAUGGUUCCAUUAUUUACCCAAUGUUAUGGCGAUGGAUUAGGUGGUAAAAGUAACAUUACCUACGAGAGUAGAGUUUUGGCUUAUUUUAAGAAAAUGAAAUUGCAUAGGUAUCUCGGAGGUGUACCUAUAUCAAAAUACAAUUCGAAUCUGGAUUGGGAUAUGCCUUACACGAAUGCGGCGGUGAUGCUAAUGAUUAUAGAAGGCUUAGAAGCUAGUGAAUUAUCAUCAGCAAAAAUGAUAGCCCGCGAUUUAGCUCAGAAAUGGAUAUUAGCGAAUCUUAAGUCGUAUCGAGAUACAGAAAAAACGUUUAAAAGGAUCGAUGUUAAUAAUUAUGCAAAAAAAUAUCCAGAAAUCGAGGAAAUAUAUUCAUCAACGAACGCCGUAAUUUUAAUAUUGCUCGAUAAAUAUGGCGAUACCUUGAUAGCCGACACAGCUAUAAUCAAGAAAAUAAAUAUCAAAAGUUCGGCAUCUACAAUAUACACAUUUCCUCUUCGAAUUCAAUCAACAUUAAACUCAUUAUACCUAAUGCCCAUAUACAUAUUUUAUCUAUUUAAGAUAUUAUCGGCUAUCUGAUUAAUAUUUAUAUUCAAA